UUGGGAAUCAGAGUGGCUAAAGCUCUGGAGAGUUCUGAGACAUCCAUGUUUAAAUGGGAUCUGUGCUAGGCAUGGUGGUACAUGUCUUUAAUCCCAGCACUUGGGAGGCUGAGGCAGGAGAAUCGCUGUGAGUUCAAGGCCAGUUUGGACUACACAGUGAGUUCAAAGCUAGGCUGAACUAUAUAUGUAGUGAGACUCUUGUCUCAAAAAAAAAAAAAAAAAAAAAAGUAAAAAGUAAAAGGGAUCAGUCAGGCGUCCUGGCACACUUCUGUAAUCCCAGCACUCAGGAGGCUAAGGCAGGAAGAUCAUUGUAAGUUUGAGACUAGCCUGGACUACAAAGUGAACCCAAGGGCACCUGAACCACAUAGCAAGACCCUGUCUUAAAAAGACCAAAGGAAAAAAAGAUCUCUGUGCUAUGGCAGGUGCUGUGUACCUACAAUUGCAGCAGUUGGGAGGCUGAGGUGGGAGGAUCACUGAGAGUUUGAGGUCAGCCUGCACUACCUAGUAAGAUCUUGCCUCAAAAAACAAAACUAUAGUAAGCUGAAACCUAACCUUAACUAAUUCAUGUGAGCCCGAGUUCAAAAGUAAAAGAAAAAAAAAAGAUCUCAGAGGCUGGGAUUUGCUCAGUAGUGUAAACGCCUGCCUGCUGAGCUUGAGGUCCUGAGUUCAAUACAAAAAAAAAAAAAAAAAAAAACGGAUCUCCUCUCACUGAGCUGCUAUAGGCUCUCUCUGCCUUCUGGGUGACAGAGCAGCAUUCCAUGUCUGGCUUGGCUCCCAGCCCAACCCAAAGUUGCCUGGCAACAGUUGUGCGACUCUGACUGAGGAUACACUAUGGCACAUGCCAAGCCAACAGCCAAGAGGGUGGUGGUGUACCGGAAUGGAGACCCCUUCUCCCCAGGCCGCCAGCUGGUGGUAUCCCAACGGCGUUUCCCCACUAUGGAGGCCUUCCUUUCUGAGGUAACCUCAACUGUGCAGGCCCCACGGGCCGUGCGUGCCCUCUACACACCUUGUGAUGGCCACCCGGUCACAGACCUGGCAGACCUGCAGAAUGGAGGGCAGUAUGUGGCUGCUGGCUUUGAACGAUUCCACAAGCUCCACUAUUUACCUCCUGCAGGGAAGAAUCCUGGUGGGAAGAGCACCAGACUAAAAGACUCUUCCAUGACUCACCGGUGUGAUGGGACCAUCAGACAGUGGCUACCUGCAGGUGCCCCCUGCCAUGUCCAUGUGUUCAGGAAUGGGGACCUGCUAAGUCCCCCAUUUAGUCUGAAGCUGUCCCAGGCUGCCAUCCAGGACUGGGAAACCGUGUUGAAGCUGCUGACUGAGAAAGCAAAGUUGCAUAGUGGGGCUGUGCGCAAGCUCUGUACCCUGGAGGGGCUUCCUCUGUCUGCAGGAAAGGCUCUGGUGAGCGGCCAGUACUAUGUGGCUGUUGGAGAGGACGACUUCAAAGCCCUCCCCUAUCUGGAGCUGCUGGUACCCAGCCCCUCUGUGCUCAGAGGCUGUUGGUACCCCCCAGACGGGAAACACAGACCUAGAAGGCAGGGGGCCCAGGGCCACAUGGCACAGGCAAGUGAGCUCUCUCCAAGGGAGCCAGAACGAACUGAGUCAUCUGCUGUCUAUGCCAGACCCCAACAGGCCAUUCAGCCAAGAAGCAAGCUUCUCACUGUGUCAUUGCCAUCAGGAGUUAAGGGAGUGUACAGGGCUCCCCAUCCGAGGACAGAGACAGCAGGAGCCCAGGAAGUAGACAGUGAGGACCCGUGGACAGAGGAGCCCUUGGAUCAGAGGGCAGUCCAGACAGAAGAGGCCCUGCCCUCUCAACAGCAGCGCGAGAUGGGGGCGAGGACUGCAUCCUCAGCCUCAAUCUCUGCUCCACCACUCCAGAGCCAAAAGCUCCAGAGAAACCAGAGAUGCCACUAGAUAACCACCUUUAUCCUCAGCCUCCAGCAGCCUGUCCUUGAGGAGCUGCACCUCCCCUGAGCUCCGAAGGGAUGUGGGCACCUUGGCUUCUUUCUUUAGCCCACAGCCCAGACUUCCCUUCCUCUCCGAGCACAGCAGGCCCAGCUGUGGAGGCUUUUACCUUAUAGAGUCUCUGGGCACAGAACGUAGUUGACUGAGUUUAGUAGAGAGGCCAAAAUGUGAUAAGUUUGCUAAAAUAAAAACAUACUUCCUAA